AUGUCGCUCGAAGCUACCAUGAUCAUUGUCGACAACAGCGAAAGCAGUCGCAAUGGAGACUACACAUCAACCCGCUGGCAAGCCCAGAUCGAUGCUGUGAGCAUCAUUCACAGUGUCAAGAUGCGCGUACACCCACAGUCGGCUGUUGGCCUGAUGAGCAUGGGCGGCAAGGGUCCUGAGGUGCUAUCAACCUUUACUACGGACUUUGGCGGUAUCCUGGCUGGUCUCCAUCGCACCAAGAUUCACGGCACAUCGCACUUGAGCUCGAGUAUCCAGGUUGCUGGGUUGGCACUGAAGCAUCGUUCCGAGAAAUCCCAACGCCAACGAAUCAUCGUAUUCUCCUGCUCCCCCAUUGAAGAAGACGAGAAGACCCUGGUCAAGCUGGCCAAGAAAAUGAAGAAGAACAACGUCUCCAUCGACAUCAUUGCUUUCGGAGAUCUCGAGUCCGACCAGACCAAGAAACUGGAAGCCUUUGUGGAUAAUGUAUCGAGUGGUGAUGGCUCCUAUCUCGCCAUCAUCCCGCCGGGUCCUCAUCUCCUUAGUGAGGAGCUUCAGCAGACCCCAAUCCUCGCCGGUGAGAAUGCCGGUGCGGCGGGUGCAUCCGGUGGGGAGACAGGUGGUGACGCGGGUGGAUUCAACUUUGAGGAUGCGGCCGAGGACGACCCUGAACUCGCCUUUGCUCUCCGAUUGUCGUUGGAGGAGGAGAAGAACCGACAGGAGAAGGAGAAGCGGGACCUCGAGGAGGCCGAGGGCAAGACGGAACUGGGUGGCAUUCCCGAAGAAGGGCAGGGCGAGUCCAGCAAAGACAAGAAGGACGACGACAAGAUGGAUACUGCGUAG